CAUAGCUUCCUUGCCUGCACUCUAUCAGUUUGCCAGACCGUCUGUCUGCCUACCUGGCCGUCUGGCACCAUCUGUCUGCUUGUCUGACACAGUCUUCCUGAAUGUCUGGCACACUGGCUGCCUGUCCACCUGGCACUGCACGCCUGUCUAGCACCGCCAACGUCUGCCUGUCUGUCUAACACUGCCAAACUGUCUGACACUAUCUCUUUAUGAUGACCUGUAUGAGUCUGUUUCUGUUAGUCUGCCUGUCUGGCACUGUCUGUCUUUGCCACCCUGUCUGGAACUGUCUCCAUAUGCUUGUCUGUUGACACUGUCUACCUGUCUGCCGCUGUCUCAGUUUGCCUGUCUGGCACUCUUUGUUUCUGCCAACCUGUCUAGCACCUCCAAUGUGUCUCUGCCAGCUUGUCUGGCACUGCCACUGUCUGCCUGCUUCCUCCGCAACCAGCCUCUGUGCCGAUGAUCUAACGUGCAGACGCCGAGCGUCACUCGGUGUCAGAGGGCCGGUGAGUGAGCAGCUGCCUGCCUUGCGGCUCCAGUAACCCGAAACUUCCAACUCGGUAACAGCUGACCUCGGCAGCCCUCUCCUCUCCGCCGUCCCAGCUGCAAGUCCCACGGCCUCUCCUUCCUACAACAGCUCUCCGCCCUCAGAGACAGCCUCCUCGCCAUGGCAAGCGGCCCGACAGUCCUCCUGCUGUGUGCCGGUGUCACCCUGUUGCUAGGGCGAGUUUUAGGUGAUGAUGGAUUUAACUUGGAGGAUGCUCUUGACGAUACCACCUUGAGACCAACUCCUGCGAAACCUCGCAACCCCUCAGGUGGGGCAGAUACUGGGGAUUUUGAUCUCAAAGAUCUGUUGGACUUCGACACCCCUACAGACAAGCAAACAACAACCAAACCUCCCAGGAGCAUGACAACCACCAAAGCACCAAAGAAAGGAGGGGACAAUGAUGAUCUUAGCUGGUUGGAUUUGCUUCAAACUACCAAAUCACCUCAUAAAACCACAAAGGCACCCAAAACCACCAAAAAAACACCAAAGAAGGACACAAGUGACCCUGGCCUUGAUUUUGACCUGGCCGAUGCCCUUGAUGACAACAAUGACCAUGGCAAAAAAGGUCAAGGUAACUCAGAUCACCCUCGCAAUCCACGCCCUAAAGGAAACAAACCAAAACCAGGUUCGUCUGACAUUUCAAAUCAAGACCUGGAGGACUUGGUGAAUGACGGUGACUACAGCCCUGAUAAGAAGAGGUCAGAUGGCCCAUCGCCUUCCAAUGACGAGAAUCAAGUCGCCCUGCCUGAAACAACAAUCGCUGGGAUCGCCAGUGCUGUGGCAGCUGCAUUGUUGGGGGCCGUGUCCAGCUACAUUGCCUACCAAAAGAAGAAAUUGUGCUUUAAGAUGCAAGGGAGCCUGAAUCAGCCCUACGUGAAGGGGGAAAGUGCAGGAGCUGGGACAAUGUCUGAGCCACAAGGGAACAUCUGAACAUCUCAUUCAGCCAAUGAAGAGUUUCAUCAUUUCUUGGACUUUUCCUUCUCCUUCUGGUCAUCUGCAGGUUCUGGAUCUUUCCUUGCAUGUCCAUUUUUUUUUUAUUUUUAAGCUCAUCUUCAUCAAUACUUAUUGUUUUAUUUUUCUGAUUGAGUCUUGGUUGGUUUGACUUUACGCUCUAAAUAUUUGUAACCUGAGAUAUCCUCGUCUAGCCCACAGCUGUUAUUCUGUACACAUUGAAAUGCUGUGGUCUUCUCUGUUCCUCCUCAGACCUAUUCUUCAAUGAGUGAAAACCUUGCUCAGGUGGGAACUGGUGACUUGGUUUCUUUAUAAAUAGUUCACAGUCCUCUAGCCCAGUAAUCCAAUAACUCUAAAGUACUUGCCUCCCUUACUUUUACCAAAUUUACCUGUGUCUGUUUAGUCAAAACAAUUGGUGAACAGACUGAGAAACCAAGACCUAAGUUCUCUAAAUUUUGCUCACAACUCUCGGUCCUGGCGAUCUUCCCUCUACACUCUCAGUCCUGACGCAAGGUCUCAACCUGGAACGUUGAACAUUUCUUCACCUCCACAAAUGCUACCUGAGCUGCUGAGUUGCUCCAUCGAUGCUCCAAGUUCUGCUCAGUUUGCCUGGAAGGACAAAAGUCUACACUGAUGGGUCUAAGUAUGUUUGAAUGUAAGGAUUGUUAUAAAGCCAAGCAGCCUGAAAACAAGUUGUCCAACCCACUAUCUCCAUACUGGCCAUCAACCACCCAUUUUACACUAAUCCUACAUUGGUGGUGAUUGUCCAUCAUGUCCAACGAUGACAGGAAACCUGUGCGGGGGAGUUUUUAAACAUGGAAAAGCCAUUGCAUUGGGGCAGUUUCACUCUCUCAAUGUCAGAAGUCCAGGUCCAGUGGUACGAAUGGUCAUCACAACUGGGGUCUUCCUUGGUUGCAGUCGGUGACCACGACUUCUUCUGCGCCUUAUCAUUCCUUUCACUCUCCAUGAAACGUUGCAGGACCCCCUUCCUGGCCGUUGGCUCUCACUGUUAGUCUCUUGCACCCAGUCUGCCAGAGCUAACCUGCAUGCUAGGACAGGCAUGUCCCUAUCUCACUGGGGUAUCAGGCCCUCCACCUCCCCUCACCUGGCCCACCAGUCGAAGUAUUGUACCAGGGUGUGGCUGCUGUCCCAUGCAAGCGGCUACUUGGAGCCACAGGUGAGAGCUGAGUGGUGGGGACCAAAAGUGAGUGAGCUGUUCUAGAUUGGACACGACAAGGCCCUUCACCAGAGGUGCUACCCCUGCAUGGAUGUCCCAUAAACCCCAACCCUACAUGAAUCCCAUUUUAUUCUCCCCACUUUCUCAUCAACUCCCCCUCCACCAGCUUCCACAUCCCUCCUAUGAAGAGACCACAACUGAGCACAAUACUCCUAAAUGUAGUCUAACCACAGCUUUAUAAAACUACAUUACCUCACUGGUCUUGAACUCAAUCCCCGGACUAAUGAAGGCCAACACACCAUAUACCUUCUUAACCUCUAUCAACUUCUGCUGCAACUUCGAGGGAUCUAUGGACUUGGACGCAAAGAUCCCUCUGUUCCUCAACAGUGCUGAGAAUCUUGCCAUUAAUCCUGUACUCAUUUUUCCAGAUUGAACCCCAUCUGCCACUUCACAGCCCAAUUCUGAAUCCUGUCAAAUUCCUGUUGUAACCUAUGACAGCUUCUACACGAUCCACAACGCCACCAUCCUCCGUGACCAAUGAUUUGGCAAAGUGAAGAGCCUCAGUGGCUAUUUGUCUGUGGUAGCGAUGGACAAUAAAUGUGGGGUUCUGAAGAUCAGCCAAGGAUUUCACACCAGCAACACAGGAUGAAGAGUAGUCGCAUUGCAAAACUGAGGGAGCACACAGUUUAACAUUCAUGGUAGAUUCCUUUUUAGGGGCAUGGAAAAGUACAGCUCAGAAACAGGCCCUUUGGCCCAACUAGUUUGUGCUGAACCAUUUAAACUGCCUAGUCCCAGACCAUAGCCCUCUGUAUUCCUCUCAUCUGUGUACCUACCCAAACUCCUCUUAAACGUGGAAAUUGAGCACCACUUGCGCUGGGAGCUGGUUCCAUACUCUCACGACCCUUAGCGUGAAGUAGUACCUUUUCAUGUUCUUCUUUCACCCUUAACCCAUGACCUCCAGCUGUAGUCCCAACCUCAGUGAGAUUUCCUAUGGAGGAAAAGAUUCAAACAGGACCACCAACCUAAAAAAAACUUCAGCAAAAUAUUCCGGAAUACUUAAACAGAAAAUACUGCAACUAUUCAGCAGGUCAGAUAGCAUCCGUGUAGAAUGAAACAGUUAAUAUUUCAGAUCAGUGACCUAUCAUCACUCAAGUCUACCAAUUGAUUUUAAGACAAGUGAUUUGACUGAAAAUUAAUUAAAGUAACCCUGGGCCAGCAGAGGUUUACAAGGCUCAUCCAAAUUGGCUAGCGGUCUCAGUAGGCUUGACUGUGUAUCUGGGGAAAGUAGAUGGAAGAAGUCAAGGUUACAGACGGUGAUCUCUGAUUCUGGUAUGCUGUUGCAAUAAACCACAGUAAUCUCAGCAACUACAAUAAGAUACAAGCAUACGUGGACUAUAAGCAGCAAUUCCGCAUGCAGAUUACAGACUCAACAAGGUAGCAGAUGGUUUAAUCAGAAUGGGUUGACCCCAGUUACAAUGGGCUCAUUAUGAAAAAAGCGGGUAAGGAGGCGCAAGGGUGUGGGAUACAAUUAGGCUUUGUUUCUCCGGACGUGCCUGCCCUGUUCACCAUGAUCUGUGUGCUCUGUUUUGGUUGAACUUUGCUGCAGCUGAGAGGAGCCUCCUGGAGUCACAGCCAGAGAAGCCGGCAGCAGAUAAUGCAAAUCCAGUCUAGAUCACCGUGUUGAAAGCAACAGCCUUUACCUGGAGACCAACCUCUGUUUAAAAUGUGUCUUUUCUUAAUUUAUUUAAAGUAAAUUGGAACGUUGUUACUUAAAGUCAUUUACAUCUGUGUUAGACUAGGUAUGAAAAUAGUGGGUAGACUAUGUACAAUGUUGGUGUAGGUUCCACGUUAGAAGUAAUGGACAAUGGGAAAGUGGUUUGGAUUGGAGAAACUCAGCAAGAUCCGCAGCUCGCUUAAAGCAUGUAGUUUCAAGAUUUCUUUCUGAUGUUUUAUAAAAUACUAGCAUUAACUGAUGCAGUAGCAGGGAAGAGGGUGAAUGUGAAGGGAUGCCAUUCAAAUGAACAUCUUGCAUUGGUUUACAUAGAUCAGAGAUGGUGACUGAAAUAAACAAACGAUGGCAUCGGCCUGUCCUUCAAACCAUUUUACAACUCUUCGUAUAUGCAAAAGUAUGCCUGUCUAAAAGAGCCUCUAAGAGGCCACUGUUGUAUGUGCCUCCACCAUCAUGCCUGGCACCCACCACUCUCUGUAAAAAUAACUUAUCCCGCACAUCUUUGAACUUGCCCCUUCUCACCUUAAACACAUGCCUUCUAGAACAUAGAAUGUUACAGCACAGAACAAGCCUUUUGGUCUAGACUGUUGUGCUGGCCUUAUUACCUACCUUAAGGUCAAGCUAGCCCUGCCCUCCCCCGUAGCCCUCCAUUUUUCUAUUAUCCAUGUGCCUAUCUAGGAGUCUGUUAAAUGCCUCUAAUAUCUCUGCCUCUACCACCACCCCGGUGGCAUGUUCCACACACACACCAUUCUCUGUGUAAAAUAACAUAAUAGUAUUAGACAUUUUGAGCUCAGGUUCUGGGGGAAAGCAGCUGAAAGUUAAUCAGUGACAGAAGAACUCAGUGAACAAGAUCUGAAACGUUCCAUGUGUAAAACCCCCGAGCCCUUCCCUCAUCUCAGAUAUUGAGAUCAAGCCAUCGAAAGCUGAACUUUACAAGCAAUAGUCAGGAGCUGCCAUGGAUUGCAAACUGCACACUAAAUAUCAACAGAUAGUGCAAACGUUGCAUCUGCCUGCUAAAUCCUGCAAUAAUAACCUCUGGCUGAAUUAUUGCUUCAAAUUUUACAUGACUGAUAGGGUGCACCUUCAGAAGAGCAGCGUAGAAAGCAGUUUCCUUGUGUAUAUAUUUUCCAAAAGACUGUGUUCAGCACUUACUCUAUGAGUGGUUGGGCAAUUAGCUUGGAUCAGAGCCUGCUGCAUUCGAUGUGAAUAUCAAUCAGUUCCCACCACCAAAGGACAUAAACCACCACACCGUGCAAAUACUAGCACACAAUUUAUCAUGUGUAAAGACUUGAACCUGCUGCUAUGUGUUCCCCUUGAGUUUUGUUAGAGAGACAAUCUACGUUAAAUUCUGAUUUCUCCUACACUUUCUGCAGCUAUCAUAUUUACAUUUUUUUAUUGGGGGGGAUGUUUGCCAAUUUAAAAAUGGUGUUGCCAAUUUAAAGGAAAAGACUUAAGGGCACGUGCAAAGUUGUAGCUAAAAGGCACUGCUGUGCUAACGAUCCCUCAGAGUACAAAUCAGGAACACAGCGUGAGAAUAGGCCGCUUAUUCCCUCAUCUCUUGCUCAUUCAAUGAGACGAUGCCUCAUUUGUGACUGAUCCCUGCAUACCUGUCUUUGUCCUCCAUACCUUUGCUUAGCAAUAAAAUAGCAAUCUCAGAUUUAGAGAUAACAGUAAGACCAUAAGGAUUAGGCCAUUCAUCCUAUCAAGUCUCUUCUGCCUCUCCAUUACGGCUGACUCCCGAAGCAGGUUUAUUAUCACUGACGUGCUGUGAAAUUUGUUAUUUUGCUGCAGCAGGCAGGGCAGUGCAAUACAUUAAAAAAAAAUAGUAAAUCACCAUAAGAAGUACAGUGCAACUGGUUAACUGGGACACAUCAAGACCAGUACAUUUUAGUCCAUUCAGGCGGCUGCCCCAAUUAGCUGACGUUUCAUGGAAAUUUAGUUAAAAAGUUAUAUUAAAAAAAAGACAAACUGAGUAACAAAUUAUGUAUUUAAAUGAAGUAAAAACAAAUUUGAACUCUACCGAUAGUACUACAGUACUAUAAAAUUGUGCAUUAGUUCCUAAUAGUUAUCAAGGGAGGAAUUCAUCCAGUGUACGCAAUGAACAAAAUCAGUGCAGGCACCCAGUGCAGAUAAUGGACUACCUUCAUAAAAUGCUUUAGAUGAUUGCAUCCUCUGAAUCUUCAUUUUCAUUGUCGAUACCUUCCAAUUCUUCUUACUUCCUAACUUGUUGAAGUAGUGAAAUUGUUUCAUUUUUAUGCCCCGCCAUUUCUGGCAUCUCCGAGCCUGAAUACUUGAAACCACAGUGAGCAAAAUGGUUAAUUGUCUUACUGCUUAUUUCCCACUGACUGUCAAUGACAGAAAUCACUGAUGUUUGAACACAACACAUGUAGCUGAUGCUAUAAGCAUGGUGUAGUCUAACGGCCACACCAGUGCACGCGACUGAUACUAGUUAGAACUUGUUCAGUAAGAGUCUCCUGCCCCAAUUAAGUGGUGUGGUGUCCUAAACAAAUGAAGGGAAUCCCCUCAAUUUUCUUCAUCAGUUUUUGUCCCUUAAGAGCUGUCACAAAUAAAUGGUUGUCUGAUUAACCUUUGGCCCGAUUAACCAGAAUCCAAUGUAUAUAUUUUUAAAAUUGAAUUCAAUAAGUAGUGCAAGGAGAGAGCAAAAAUAGUGAGGCAGUGUUCAUGGGUUCACUGUCCGUUCAGAAAUCUGAUGGUGGAUGGGAAGAAGCUGUUCCUAAACGUAGUGUUGAAUAUAUAUUAUCCCUCUCAACCCCAUUCACCUGCCUUCUCCCCAUAACCUUCGAUGCCCUGACUAAUCAAGAACCUGCUUUAAAUAUACCCAGUGACUUGGUCUCCACAGCAGUGUGUGACAAUGAAUUCCGAAUACCAAUCAAGAUGGCAUCCAUGGCCUUCGGUGGCCAGCAGUUUCAGACCUUUGUCACUUUCGGCCCAUCUAGCCCGUGCCGAACCUAGAGAACAAAUUGACAACAUUGCUGGGUGCAUUUCAAAUAGAGAAAGCAGACGGUAAACGAUUGAAGUUUUUGCACCCAGACCAUAAUUGGGCGGUACAGUAGCGUGGUGGUUAGCACAACAUUUUACGCUACAGAUGGCCCGGGUUCAAUUGCCGCCUAUAAGGAGUUUGUAUGUUCUACCCAUGACCAUCUAGGUUUCCUCCCACAGUCCAAAAAUGUACCGGUUGGUAGGUUAAUUGGUCUUUGUAAAUUGUCCCAUGAUUAGGCUCGUGUUAAAUCAAGGGUUGCUGGGCGGUAAGGCUCAAAGGCCUGGAAAGGCCCUAUUCCGUACUGUAUCUCAAUAAAAAUUUUAAAAAAUAAAUAAGUAAGCGCUCCGUGCCCCUCCCAUCCAUGUACUUACCCAAAUUUCUCUUAAGUGUUGAAAUCGAGCCCACGUCCACGGCUUCAAAUGGCAGCUUGUUCCACACUCUCACCACUCUGUGUGAAGAAGUUCCCCUUAAAUAUGUCACCUUUAACCCACGACAUGAGCAGCCUAAUUCAUACAGUGCCCAGCCUGACAGGAAUCAUUAUAGAUGACUUUUGUUUGUAUUGUCUACCCUUAUAUAAACAUUGUCCUUUACCUUACCAGCAAGUCGAUAUCAGAUCCUGUAAGCUUCGGUGUUUUAGUAAAACUCUAACUCCUCAAAAACACGAUUGUCUUUGCAUUUCGGCCUUAAAGUUGAUUUCCGAACACCGCCCCUCCCAUCCUGCCACCCUAGGAUGACACUCACUUUGGGUGCCCCAGUCAGAACAAAGCAAAUGCUUGAAAACCGUACUGCCCAUGCUGAGCUGUUUGCUGACUUUGCGAACGGCAGCAGCAAGCAAUAGAGGAUUGGGAACGUCCACAGAGCCUCCCCAUCUCAUUUGUAGCACCGUGGAGCCAGUAACUCUUGCUGGUGCACUGCAUAUUGUAGGCAGCAGAGUUGUGGGAUGAAUACCAAGUGGACAAGUUCCUUGCGUUGACAGCAACACUUCAAUUAUUUACCAUCUGUUUUCUCUGAAACAUAAAAACAUGCACUACAGCAAGGCUUUUAACUUGUAGGGUUGUCAUUAAGUUUACUAUUUAGAACAAGGUUGCUUAUUUAGAGCUGGACCUCCAUGUGAUCAAAGUUUUGGCUAAAACGACAGUCAAGGUACAGAAU